ACACAUAAAUUUACAAGUUCCACAUUUGGAUGAUAGGAAUUGGAUGGUAAAGAAGCAAGGGUCGCAGAUUACUUCGAUGUAAUCGCAGGAACGAGCACAGGUGGUUUGGUAACUGCAAUGUUAACUGCACCAAACAAAGAGGGACGUCCUCUUUUUGCUGCUAAAGAUAUCAUUCCGUUCUAUCUUGAACAGGGCCCUAAGAUUUUUCCAUACGGAAGGGGAUUGCUUGGAUCAAUAAAGAAGAUGUUGAAAUCUCUGGUUAGACCAAAGUAUAAUGGGAAAUAUCUUCACAAAGUUAUACAAGAGAAGCUAGGCCAAACUCGAUUGUGUAAAACGUUAACCAAUAUUAUUGUUCCAACUUUUGAUAUCAAGAAUUUGCAACCAAUAGUCUUCUCUACAUUUGAGGCCAAAGAAGAUCCAUUAAUGGAUGCUCGGUUAUCUGAUAUUUGCAUCAGCACAUCUGCUGCUCCAACUUAUCUUCCUGCACAUUAUUUCAAGAACCAAGACAAAGAUGGACAUGUUCAAGAAUUCAAUCUUGUAGAUGGUGGAGUAGCAGCCAACAAUCCAGUCCUCGUCGCUACAAGCCAAGUAACCAAACAAAUUUUCCUUGGAGAUCCAGAUUUCUCAAUGGAUUGUGGUCGGUUCUUAGUAAUCUCAUUAGGUACUGGCUCACCAAAGGUGAAGCCGAAAUACAAUGCCACAACAGCAAUCAAAUGGGGUCUCUGCAGAUGGCUGCUCAAUGGUGGUUCUUCUCCAAUUGUGGAUGUUCUUACUCAAGCCAGUGACGAUAUGGUUAAUUUGCCCUUGUCUGCUCUCCUCCAAGCGCUUCAUUCUGAAAAUAAUUACCUUCGUAUUCAGGAUGACACGUUAUCUCGGACAAACUCCUCUGUUGACAUAUCAACAAAGGAUAACAUGGACAAAUUAGUUGAAAUUGGGAAGAACUUGCUGAAGAAACCAGUUUCAAGGAUAAAUUCGCACACAGGUCUACUUGAACCAUGUCAAAAUGGUGGCUCAAAUGAAGAAAGUCUGAAAAGGUUCGCGAAGUUGCUUUCAGAAGAAAGAAGACUUAGGAAAUCCAAGGCAGCUUUAAGACUUUAACAAACAAAAGAUCAAAAGAUCAGAGUAGUCAGUCAUCUGUUGUUCAAUAUUUGAGUUGAGCAAACUGACUAGUUAUUUGCAAAUAUGUGUUAUAUUCAAGUUGUAAAUAGAUUUAGCAAUUGUAAAUAGAUCUAUUCUGUAACAACUGUAACUUUUAAAUGUUUUUGUUCUAGCAGUUAUAAAUAGAUCCAUUCUUUUU